AUGCUAGGGAGACAGAUUUUGUUGCAUUUCAUUUGCUAUCUUUCAUUCAUUGACGUUGGCUUUUGUACUGGCACAUUCAUCAAUAUCUCUCAUGAUUCUUCUGAUACGUUGAAUGAACUUGAAGAGAAAAUUGCAAGGGUUACUAUGAUUCCGAGAAAUCAAGGAGAGGACUUCUACAUUCUCCGCUACCAGAUUGGGCAGAGGUAUGCUUCUCAUUAUGAUGCAUUCAACCCAGCUGAAUAUGGCCCUCAGAAAAGCCAAAGGAUAGCUACAUCUCUAAUUUAUUUAUCAGAUGUCAAGGAAGGAGGGGAAACUAUGUUUCCUUUCGAGAAUGGCGCAAAUAUGGAUAUUGAGUAUGAUUACUUCAAGUGCAUUGGUUUGAAAGUCAAACCUAGCCGAGGAGAUGGGCUUUUGUUUUACUCUGUAUUUACAAAUGGCACGAUAGAUCCGAUGUAA